UAUUUUUUUCUUGGGCUUACUCCAACAUGUAACUUAGUUGCUUUUUGGUUCAUGUUAAAAGAAAGAUAUCUCCGUUUCUGUUUCAAGUGCAGGCCACUCUCUCUUACUAGUGUUUCUCGAACUAUCCUUUUCCUGGCAUCCCCCAGCCUCCCUGUUUUUGCAACAUCAUCACAAAGACGGUCAAAGGGGGCUGGUAAAAAAAAAGUUGCUAAGAAAAUCGAGUCUCGAAACAAGCUGACCAACCAUGUCAAACAACGACGAAAGGGAGGGUCAGGGUCCUUCUCAUCCCAUCGAUCCCGUCGACUCAUCGUCAAACAUCGAUAACGAGGAUAUGUCAUCUGGAGCUUACCGUCAGCAGAGGAAUGCGACACAAUCCAGGCGGAAUUAUGGAACCUUAGAUUCUCCCGCAAGGAUGGACCUUGAUCCCCGUCUGGAAGAAAACCAGCCAGAAAGCUCGAGUCGCAUGCCUACCUCUCAGUCGACUUCCACCCCACCGCUGCAGCCCGACAGGCCGAGAAAACCAUCUGUAACCCGCCGUAUGUCUUCUAAGCGACAGGUACCUCACAAGGGACAAGAAUUUUCUACGGAGGAUGAUGUACAGGAAGUAGAGGAGGAUAUAGCUCUGCAACACGCGUCCAAUCCCCAGUCAUCGCCUAGGAUACGUCCCUUGAGAAAACAGAGCUCGACUCUGCGACGAAGACUCAAUGCCCGCAUGAACAGCCCAUUGAUUCAACCGGAAACCGAAAACGAAAGCGAAGAAGUGAUUGGCCUGCCUGAUCCGGGUACGGAAUUAGAACCUUCGGCUGAACAGUCGGAGAGUGGGAGCCCUGAUAGUAACGAUAACAAUGAUGAAGAUGAAGCAGAGACUAGUGAUGCCGAAAGCUUCACGCUGAAGGAUCGCCAGCAGGCCAUCAACGAGACUCACCCUUUUGGGAUAAGGCUCUGGAAACCUGCCUUGUACAAAAAGAGCCGUUCGGUAGAAAAAACCGCCGAAGGCGAUAUCCAUUCGUCGCCUGGCGGUCGCGUGGGCAACUUGUUGUUCUUGACUAACCUUCUGUGGACAGUAUUCUUUGGUUGGUGGUUAGCCCUGGCUGCGCUUACAGGUGCUGUCGCUUGUUUCGUCUUCGCAUAUUCACCCAGCGCACUAGAAUAUGGUAGGGUCUUCUCGGGACUCUCCUGGUACUUGAUAUAUCCGUUUGGCUCCUUCGUCCGUCUGGACACGGACGAAAAUUAUGCAGAAGAAGACGAGGGUGAAGGCCGCAGCAUUAGUGAGUACGAACAAUGGCAGAAUGGCGACUUAGAGCAUGGCCGGCUGUUCUUCGGACCUCGACGCGACCGGUCACUGGUCGGGAGAAGAAGAAACAGUGUCGACUCGGCCAGCGAACAAGAUAGUCUUCUAGGGCGAACGCAAAGGGGCAGCCCUCGAGAGAGUCCCCUUAGCCAUCCUAAGCGACGCCUAUUCGGUCGUGGCGAGUGGACGCUUGGCCGCGUCGUAUUCUUCGUCUUUUUCUACUUUCUCGUAGGGCCUCUAAUGCUUCUAGUCUCGCUGCUUUGCUGGUUGUUGGUCUUCUGGAUUCCCAUGGGACGUGUGACCAUUAUCCUAUUUGAUCACCUUCGUCGUCACCCCUUGGCUCUGUCGUACCAUUCCGACACCACCUACACCAGACUCAGUCCCGGGUCCUCCUCAUCCGUCCUGUUAUGCACCUAUCGUGCAGCAGGAUUGAGAUAUUGGAAGUAUACUGUCGGCGGGACCAACAUUUUCUUGAUCAACCUUCUUGGUGUCGUAUUAUUUGUCAUUUUUGACUACUUUCUUCUCAGCGAGACACUGGGCCUCCAAUCUGCCAUCACGCACCCAGGUCUUAUAUUCUCCCUUGCGCUUGUCUCCAUCAUCCCCUUGGCCUAUUUCAUUGGACAGGCUGUUGCAUCGAUUUCCGCUCAAUCCUCCAUGGGCAUGGGUGCAGCUGUGAAUGCCUUCUUCUCGACCGUAGUUGAAGUCUAUCUUUACUGUGUUGCUUUAACAGAAGGCAAAGGGCAACUUGUUGAGGGCAGCAUUAUCGGUAGCAUCUUUGCAGGUAUCCUAUUUCUUCCGGGACUUUCCAUGUGCUUUGGCGCUAUCAAGCGCAAGACCCAGCGGUUCAAUGUGAAGUCUGCGGGCGUCACGUCGACAAUGCUGAUGUUUGCGGUUAUUGCUGCAUUCGGACCCACGCUCUUUUACCAGAUAUAUGGCAGCCAUGAGCUCAACUGUCGCUUGUGUGUUAGCACUGUAGGAACCGAGGAUAGCGAUUGUCGUCGCUGUUAUUUCUCUCAGACGCCGGCCGUGAACGACAGCUUUUUCCGAAAGGCAGUCCAGCCAUAUUCGUGGUUCGCUGCUAUAUUUUUGUUCCUGUCCUAUGUCAUCGGGUUAUGGUUCACUCUGAGGACCCAUGCUGCUCUUAUCUGGGCGACAGAAGUAGAGGAGAAGAAGGCUGUGGCUCUCGCAAAUGAACAAGCCGCCUACGAAGCUAGACACGGCGAUUUCCCUCACAUUCAAGCUGGGAGCACCGGUGGCUCCAUCACCAAGGGCUCGGUUCGGGAUUCUCAAUUGUACAAGCGCAUACUGGGGCAGUCUCUAAAGCAGGUCGGACUAUCUGAUAACCCCAAUGAUCAUAACGCCCAAUCCGACUCCACCUCCUCUUUGCAAGGAAAGAGCACAACACCAUACCUUGUGCCCCCUCGGACGGAAGGCGACGAUAGCAACCCCAGACUGAGAAAUUUCACUGGUCUGUCCAAUGAAGACAAUGAGGAUCUUGUACGCCAGGUGACAGAGGUUGCCGCAACGGCUGCUGCUGUUGCCGCUCGCGAUGCGGCCCGAACAAGGAAGCCCUUGGCCCAGCAAGCAAGCACGCGUCAAGCGGCUAAAAGUCCCGCUGAUCAAGUGAAGACCUUGCUUGAGGAAAGCGAGGAUAUCGGAUUGGAGCCUGGCCAUACUAGCGGCGGCCAUGAUGCACCCAACUGGAGUAAAACGAGGAGUUCCAUAAUACUUCUGGGUGCUACUAUUCUUUAUGCUGUCAUCGCGGAAAUCCUCGUGAACACGGUGGACGUGGUCCUGGAAAGUGUCGACAUCGAUGAAAAAUUCCUUGGAAUCACGCUCUUUGCCUUGGUGCCCAACACAACAGAAUUUCUGAACGCUAUUUCGUUUGCUAUGAACGGCAAUAUCGCGCUGUCCAUGGAGAUUGGUUCAGCCUACGCUCUCCAGGUUUGCCUUUUGCAGAUACCUGCUUUAGUUCUCUUCAGUGCUCUCUAUGCCCGCGUCAUCGAUCCUUCUGAGCUACUAAGCCACACCUUCAACCUUAUCUUCCCUCAGUGGGACAUGGUGUCCGUGAUCCUUUGUGUCUUUCUGCUCUCGUACGUGCACGGCGAAGGAAAGAGCAACUAUUUCAAGGGCUCUAUCCUCGUCCUUACGUACCUCGUGGUUGUGAUUGGAUUUUAUCUCUCUGGCUACAGCAAUUUGGAGACCAUGGGUGUCGAUCGUUUCGAUACGCUGGCCCUUGGUUCGAGUCCAGUCGAGAAGUAUUACACGAUUGGUAGGUCCAGGAGUGGAAGGGCUUUUUGAAUGUAGAUUAAUUUGUGUGUCUGCUUGUCAAAUCCUUGGUGAAGGCUGGAAAUCUGAGGCAGACACUUUCGCUGCAGAUCAUGCGUGCAUUGCUCCCGUGUUUUAGAGUCUGACAAGAUUGCCCGAAAUUGUUUAACAUUUGCGUGCUGGUUGGGGCUUUUCGAACAUGUAUAUCUGCCACAUUAUUGAAGUUGU